ACUGACAGUCAGUUGGUCACCAUGAUUUGGGAUAUUAUGGCGGACUACAAAUGAGGGACUACGAAAUUGUGCACGGAGAACGAUUUGAUGUUUGUACCUCGUAUCACUCCGUCCAGAAGGUGAUACGUUGUUGCCAGAAGCUGCAACCCGCAUUAGAAAUAUAACCAGUUUGAAAACAGUGAAGUUCAAACUAAGGCUGGUGUAUUCCGUUAUUGCUAGGUUUCUUCUACUGUCUUAGAUUUGAUUUGUGUAAUAUUGCAUUCCGUUAUGAAAAGGCAUUCCAUUAUUUUGUCUUGGAUAGAAAUAUGUCCGUAUUGAAAAGAGCCAAAACAUGGGAGAUAUCUGAAUCUGAGGGCGAAAGCGAUGCUGAAACUAAACCUUCAAUCAAAUGCAUUGCAUUUACCGAUCAGGGUGACGAUAACAAUGAAACAGCGACGGCCAAUAGUCCCACUGACAGUCUCGAACAGGACAACAAAGACCACAACACAGAUUGCAAGUCAACAGCCAAAACCGAACCAAGUGACACAUUGGUGGCUCCACGACCCGCUAGGUCCGGUACCGCAAGUCCGGGGAGAAAACGCCGAACCAAAGAGGAGAUAGAGGCAGACAGACCGAGAGUUGAGGAGAGGAAGGAGGCCAGAGAGAAACUCAAGAGGGUGAGGGCCGAAGAGAAAGAGGAGAGGCGAGAAGAUCAACAAAGGAGAAAAGAAGCUGCAGAGCGUCAAAAGAGCCUCAGACCUGAGAACUGUUUGAAGUGCCUGACUGUCUGUAUUGAUCCAGCUCUACUGCAGGAUGAUGGAUCGGAUGUGUUGCUGGGAACUCUGUCUGCAGUUGAGUGGAGGAGCAGCAUUGAGACACAGCAGCUCCCUCACAGCAUCACUUGGACCAGAGAUCUUCCGUCGGAGAAAGACAGCAGUGGACCACUGGAGGAGGAGCAGGUUCUGCUGGUGUUGGGUCUGACUGACUUCAUGGGCAUGGUGGUGUCAGUCAAACAGAUACUGCAUGGCAACGGGGAGGAAUCGGCAGUGGAGUCUUUCUUCAAGCUUUUGUCCGAGUGCCUCAACCGAGAUGCCAAGAUGGCGGUUACUGUUUUAGUGAUGGGAUCCAACGCAAAUAGCUGGACUGGGACAUGGGAUGUACCCGAGUUGAGCCAAAGAUCUCAGUUGGGAAUGGAGGAUCUGGACAUUGAGGAGGUAUUGGUUUUCCUUCAACUGUACCGGAACAUUACCGUGGUCUUCCUGGACAGCUGGCAGGAUGUCACAGACCACGUGUGUGCCGUCACCAAGGCCCUGUCCAAACGGCCCUACAAACUGCUGACGGAGCGUGGCGAGUUGCCGUUCUGUGUGGAUGGCUCAUGGGCCAGUGGGGUGCGUGUGGAGCGGGAUGGAGCUGGGCUGGGCGAGGUGUGGAGCAGGCAGAUCACACAGCUCAACAGGGUCAGCCCUGCAGUGGCCUCCACUUUGACCACAGCCUACCCCUCACCGCAGAUACUACUGCAGGCCUACAGUAGCUUAGAGUCUGAGGAAGAGAAGAGGGGGCUGCUGGCAGGCCUACUAGUGAAGACUGGAGGGAAGGAGAGACGCAUCGGACCUGAAAUCUCAGCCAGAGUCUACCGUUCCCUCACAGCUCAAAACCCCCAGCUGGUCCUGGACUAGUUGACCAUUCUGGCGUCACUGUAACUAAUUGAUACCUAAUGAAUUCCUAAUGUCCCUUUGGCAUGUUGUGUAGGUCUAGGCAUCAGCAGUAUUAGUAAUAUCUCUUGUGCUUUGAUGGGCUGGAUGGAGCAUAUCAGAACAAUAAUGGCCUAAGGACCAAACCCUGUGGAACUCCAUCUUUAACCUUAGAUAGACCUGAGCGAAUUGAUCAUUCUAAGUGCCUCAGGCCUGGGGUCAGUUUGGGUUUGGGUGUACAACUUUUCUAACCACUUGAAUACAUGCAGAACAUUUACAUAAGUUAAAGUUAUGGCCUUGGUUGCACAUGGGGUGAUCAUCAAAAUGAGUGAAGUAUAGUACUGUAGCACUUUGUAUAUUUAAGAGAGAAUGGCAAUAGAUUUGUAUAUGAAAAAAUAGUAAAUUACGAUUAAAUGUUUAACACACAA